AUGGUGCGACUAACUUCAAACCCCGCCGCCACUUCCUCCGCUUCCGCCGCACUGCGGUCAUUGUCAACCCUCACCUUUGCAUCCCGAUCUGCGAAACCAACUGUUUUACUAUCUUCCUCCGUUGCGAGAUUACUCUCCCUCUCCACUGUUACUUCACUGAGGUCCAAUGCGCGGAGGUCGAUAAGUGGGUUGUCGUUAUCAGCGCGGAUUCACGGGCGAUCCCACUGUUUGAAUCGUGCUGCUGUUUACCAGGAUAUUUGUGAGACUCUGGGAACGAGAGGGUUUGCUACUACGAGUGCUAUGAUGGCUUCGAGAACGGAAACGGAUGCCUUUGGCGAAAUCCAGGUCCCUGCGGAUAAGUACUGGGGAGCCCAAACACAACGAUCUCUGACCAACUUCGAUAUCAACCAACCGCAAGACCGUAUACCGCCUGCCAUCGUGCGGGCUUUCGGUAUCCUCAAAGGUGCUGCUGCGACUGUGAAUAUGAGAUAUGGACUUGAUCCUACUAUCGGCAAGGCUAUCCAGCAGGCUGCUGCAGAAGUUGCAUCGCUUAAGCUCAUCGACCAUUUCCCCCUCGUCGUCUGGCAAACAGGCUCUGGUACCCAGUCCAAUAUGAACGCCAAUGAGGUCAUUUCGAACCGCGCCAUCGAGAUCUUGGGCGGCACCAUGGGCACCAAGAAACCGGUUCACCCCAACGACCAUGUCAACAUGUCCGCUUCAUCCAACGACUCCUUCCCCACCGUUAUGCACAUUGCUGCUGUCCUCGAACUCGAGGAAUCGUUGCUUCCAUCCCUCACCAGCCUACGCAACGCCCUCCAGCGAAAAGUCGAGCAGUUCGAGAAGAUUAUCAAAAUCGGACGAACUCACCUGCAGGACGCCACCCCUCUCACUCUGGGUCAGGAAUUUUCCGGCUAUGUGGCCCAGCUGGACAGGGGCAUCGAGCGCGUCCAAAAUAUUCUCCCGCAUCUCCGAUAUCUUGCACAAGGGGGUACUGCGGUUGGCACCGGUCUGAAUACCUUCAAGGGCUUCGACAAGGCCAUCGCGGAGGAAGUUACCAACAUGACAGGGACCGAAUUCAAGACUGCCCCCAACAAAUUCGAAGUGCUCGCCGCUCAUGACGCUGUAGUCGAGGCUUCUGGGGCGCUCAACACACUUUCCUGCUCCCUCUUCAAGAUCGCCCAGGACAUCCGUUUCCUGGGCUCCGGCCCCCGCUGUGGACUGGGUGAGCUCAUGCUGCCCGAAAACGAGCCGGGCUCCUCAAUCAUGCCUGGAAAGCUCCGCAGCUUGAUGCUUGUUACCUGUCUGAACCCGGUGAUCGGAUAUGACAUGGCCUCCGCAGUUGCUAAGAAUGCGCAUAAGAAGGGAUUGACGCUGAAGCAGAGUGCGAUGGAACUGAAAGCUCUCACCGAGGAGGAAUUCGAUACCCAUGUCCGCCCGGAGUUGAUGAUCAGCCCCAAGGAGAGAAAAUAG